AUGUGUGAACCAGUCGAGGCAAAUUUAAUUGUCCUGAAUCCACUCACGGUGACUGAGGAGGAAAUAAGACCAUCACUAGAGAAACGACUCGAAGCCAUUAUCAGUGGGGCUGCUCUCCUGGCAGAUUCUUCAUGCACGAGGGACUUCCACCGGGAGCGGAUUAUUGCAGAAUGCAACGCCAUUCGCCAGGCUCUUCAGGAUCUGCUUUCAGAGUACAUGAACAAUGCUGGAAAAAAAGAAAGGAGUAAUACCCUGAAUAUUGCUUUAGACAACAUGUGUAAGAAGACAAGAGACCUUCGCAGACAGCUCCGCAAGGCUAUUAUAGAUCAUGUGUCAGACUCUUUCUUGGAUACGACAGUCCCACUUUUGGUCCUCAUUGAAGCUGCUAAGAAUGGCCGAGAGAAGGAAAUAAAAGAAUAUGCUGCGAUAUUUCAUGAACACACCAGCAGGCUUGUAGAGGUGGCAAAUCUUGCUUGUUCCAUGUCAACAAAUGAAGAUGGAAUUAAAAUUGUCAAAAUUGCAGCCAAUCAUUUGGAAACCUUGUGUCCACAGAUUGUUAAUGCUGCACUUGCUUUGGCUGCAAGACCCAAAAGUCAAGUGGUCAAAAACACCAUGGAAAUGUACAAGCGUACAUGGGAGAAUCAUAUACAUGUCCUCACUGAAGCCGUAGAUGACAUUACAAGCAUUGAUGACUUCCUUGCUGUAUCUGGUAUGUCUUUAUUCUUUUAA